ACCUCCACCACGAACCCAACACCGGCACCAUGGAUUACCAGAACCGCGCCGGUUCCAAAUUCGGCGGCGGCGGCGUGGCCUCACACUCCGCCACGAACGCCGACCGACGCGAACGUCUCCGCAAACUCGCCCUGGAAACCAUCGACCUCGAAAAAGACCCGUACUUCUUCAAAAACCACGUCGGCAGUUUUGAAUGUCGACUUUGCCUGACAGUCCACCAAAAUGACGGCUCGUAUCUGGCCCACACGCAAGGGCGCAAACAUCAAACGAACCUCGCGCGGCGCGCGGCCCGCGAACAACGCGAAGGCAAGAACCAAGACCCGUCGUCUCUUCCCGGCGCCAUGGGCGUGCAAGUCCGCAAGCAAACAAUCAAGAUCGGCCGACCGGGGUAUAAGAUCACCAAGAUCCGGGAUCCGUUGACGAGGCAGCUGGGCAUGUUGUUUCAGUUGCAGUAUCAGGAGAUCACGCCGGGUGUGACGCCCAAAGUCCGGUUUAUGUCGGCGUUUGAGCAGAAGGUGGAGGAGCCGCCGGAUAAGAGUUUUCAGUAUUUGGUGGUGGCGGCCGAGCCGUAUCAGACUUGUGGGUUUAAGUUGCAGGCCAGGGAGAUUGAUCGCCGGGAGGGCAGGUAUUGGACGUGGUUUGAUGAGGAUAGUAAGGAGUUUUGGGUCCAGAUUAUGUUUAAGACGGAGAGAGAGGAGCGGUUUUCGGGUGUGCCUGGGUUGGCGCCGAUGGAGCCGAAGGCUUGAUUGAUGGUUGGGGGAGUGAAUUGCUUCUAUUGUCGCUAUUGUUACAUUGAAGAUGGGCUCUGGGCGUUUCACGGUUUACACGCUGGCAAAUAAUGUGGCUAUUGUUCGUACCUACCAUUGCUGUGAUUGGGUUGGAGCGGCUUUCAUCAAAUACCAUGCCCUCUUUUGCUUCUAAUGAUACUGCCAUGUCAUCAACUUUACUACACGGAAUCGGUUAACCGCAAUGUAACUGGAUUUGGCUAGUACUGCGCUG